GGACUAAGUGAAUUGUAAAUGAGCUGGGAUUAGCCCUAUAAAUACUCCAGCCCUGCGCCAGAGCUGCACACUGCUUGCUUUUCCCAACACAAACAGAGCUGUAGCUCCUCACUCGCUCUCAGGACCACUCUCACCAGGACCAGCUCACCACUACUGGACUCACUGAAGCUUAGAGGAACCCUGGAGGAACUUUAGAGGAACUUUUGAGGACGCACCACCUCAUUUCACCUGGACAUUUUUGAUAUUUUAAUUUCUUCAAAAACCAUCUGAAUCUGCAACCAUGAAAGGACACUUCUCCAUCGAGUGGCUGUCCCAAAGCAGCCAGACCCCGGCCAGCCCCAGAACUGCAGCUGUGUACCACCAGCACCAGCAUCCCAGCUCCUGGAUCUCUGCAGCCUCCUCGGAGAGAGCCAGCACCUCCGGGACGGUCCCUGAGAGCCUCCCUGGAUUCUACAGCAGAAGGGCGGACAACACUGAAGCCCAGGAACCUCAGGAAGCUCAGGAGACCAGGCCCGAGCAGAACGGGCCAGCACACGGCUUUCUGAACCCGUCCCAACAGCAGGAGACUGGCAUGAGCAACCCAGAGAACGUGCAACUUGCUCCAGAACUGGGUUUCAGCAGCGGUACCGAGGAGGAGGAGACGUCGGGUUACGAGAGCGAAGGCGGCCGGUCCCUCUCUCCCAUGGCCUCCAAGCAGCCGGCUCCCUCAGUGUCCCCCACCACCGGCCGCCGCGCCCGCACCGCCUUCACAGCCGAGCAGAUCGAGAGCCUGGAGAGGGCCUUCAAGAGAAACGCCUACCUGGGGGCUCAGGACAAGGCCGAGCUGUGCAAGCGUCUCAGCCUCUCUGACAAACAGAUCAGGAACUGGUUUCAGAACCGGCGCAUGAAGCUGAAGAGGACGGUGCAGGACGCCCUGGCACACGCCUGCCAAGCCAACGUGGCAUCCCAGCUAAUCCACUACCCAGAGCUGCAGACCUUCAGACCAGCGCCGUACCCCAGCUACUACCCCCCGCAGGAGGCCGCCGCCUCAUACCUGUGCCCCCCCAGCCUCCACUACAGCCCCGCCGCCGCCACCGCCGCCGUCACAGCCGUCCAGGCCCUGCCCGUCAACCCCCUCUACCAGUACAGGAGUCCACAGAGCCUGCCCGUGGCCCCUGGAAACCCCGCCCUCAGGGGCACCUACCCUCCGUACCCCCCGCAGUACUUCAGCUCACAAUGAAAUGAGAUGAUCUGAGCCACACGGACCACAGCCAACCACUGUCUUAAUGAAGCGCCCAAAGCCCCCCCCACCCCCCCUCAGACCCGCCGGGUUAGAAUUACAGGGUUCAGUGCAAUAAUGAAAGAAUUUCUAUUUUUAUUUUUUUUAGAUCUUGUUUUGCAAUUGUUGAAUAUUUAAAUACAUUUCUGUAAAUCCUUUAAAUUUAUAUUUUGUUCAUGUUUAUAAGUACGAGAUGAGUGUAUAAUAAAAAAGGUUUAUCUGUAAAA